AGGGCGGGGUGGUGCCCUGUUUGGGCUCAGCGCGGUUGGUGGCGUGAGGGGCUCAGGAGGAGACAUGUCCUCGGGGGUGGCCGCGCGUCGGGAUGCCAAGAAGCUUGUGCGCUCGCCAAGUGGCCUGCGCAUGGUGCCGGAGCACCGCGCCUUCGGAAGCCCUUUCGGCUUGGAGGAGCCGCAGUGGGUUCCGGACAAGGAGUGUCCAAGAUGUAUGCAGUGUGAUGCCAAGUUUGACUUUAUCACCAGAAAGCACCACUGCCGCCGCUGCGGGAAAUGCUUCUGCGACAGGUGUUGCAGCCAGAAGGUGCCACUUAGGCGUAUGUGCUUCGUGGACCCUGUGCGCCAGUGUGCGGACUGUGCCCUGGUGUCCCACCGUGAGGCCGAGUUUUAUGACAAGCAGCUGAAGGUGCUCCUAAGCGGAGCUCCCUUCCUCGUUACUUUUGGGGACUUGGAGAAGCCUGAGGCCAUGGUUUGCCGCCUUUCCAACAACCAGAGAUGCUUGGUUCUGGAUGGAGACAGUCAUCUUGAAAUCGAGAUUGCACAUGUCUGUACUGUCCAGAUUCUCACAGAAGGCUUCACUCCUGGAGUAGAAAAAGACAUUGACACUUACACCAGCCUCCUGGGGAGCCUGCCUGCCUCUGAAGCAGGCAGCACCCGAGCCACCGGCAUGCUCCUGCAGUACAUGGUGCCAGGGGCAGAGGCUGCAACACAGCUGAGGCUGAUGUCUGGAGAGGACUCAAGUGGCAGCAAGAGGCAGGCAGCAGCGUGGCUGGCAGCCAUGCACAAGGCUACCAAGCUCCUCUAUGAAUCACGAGACCAGUAACUGCACGGGAACCGAGCUCGGAGCAUGUCGGGUUCAAGUCCAAGCUGCCCCUGCCUGUGCACCUGGGGCUCUUCCCUGUGUGUGCCUGGAAAUGCAAUCCUAGUGUCUGGAGGCAGAGUAUUCACUGACCUAGUGCAAUAUGUACACCGCUGAUUCCUGCUUUAAGAGCUUCCGUCGUAGUGUGUUGUUGGCACUUCCAUAGGGUUGGGGGAAGCUGCACUACAGAGCUGCUAAACCAGGUUUCUCUAAACUUCAGUUCGUUAGAGACUUCUGGCUCUGUUCCCACAGGAACAAACUCGGUGGGGACCACUCAGGCCUUCCGUUCUCAACAGCCCAUUCACAAUGCCUUAGCCUGUGUGUCACUAACCACGACUGAACGUCCUUUCCCUACGUCUCUAAGGGAAGGAAGGCAUCAGCCUUCUGUUUUCUACUUUCACUUACUAUUUCACUUUAUUAAAAUGACUGUACAAUAAUUUGUAUAUAAAGUGUAUGAUUAAAACAUA